AUGAAGUUCAUGGAGAUGGAAUCCCAUGGUCGGACCAGAACCGGCAAAGGUUUCAAUAAACCUCUCCUUCAACAGCCUUCCCCAAUUCCUUCUGCUGUGGCGACUCCACGCGCUUUGGCGAAAAAGAGAAAAAGGUCUGUCCGGCAGGAGGAGGGAGGUCAUUCCUCUCGCAAGCGUGCCGUUGGAGCAGCUCCGGGUUCUGAGGUAUCUCCCAAGGUUCACGACCGCAAACGUAAGCGUUCUGCUGGGGAGAGUCGGGAUGCUGAGGUCCCAGACUACCGUAGGGUGGUGCUGGUUCUUCGCCCCCCCCUUGUCGAUACCUCUGGUUCGGCCCCUUUGUCUGGUGGUCGUGCCGAGGAGGACGUGCCCUCUUCUCCUCCUUUGGGGAAAACAGGGAGUACAGGAGUUCCUCCUUCAUUAUCUCAGGAUCGCUCUUCCGGUCUUCCUGUUCGUCAAAGAGCCAAUUCGCCUGGUUCGUCUAACCAGUUUAUUCCCCCGGUGCUGUCGGAACGUCGGCCAGUGGUGACCAUACAAACUCCCCCUCCUUCUCAACGUUCCCCCGAUGUUCUCCACCCAUUUCCUCGAGCUCGAGCCACUGCUGCUUUAAGGGCUGAAAAUGAAACUUUACGAGCCGAGGCAGCCGACCUCCGCAAACUUCUGGAGACUUCCCGGGCUGAGACCUCGACGCUCACCUCCCUCCUUCGGGACACUACAACUUCUUUGGACGAUCGUAACAAGGACCUAGAGGCGAGUCGUCGUGCCCUGCAGGAUGUCGCAGCGGAUCGUCUGGAGUACUCCCGUGUUCUGGCUCAGUUUAGGGCCAUUGAAGCUGAACUGCCGGAAGCUCCCUUGGAGGACGCGCUUACACGGUUUCAUCUUGCGGUUGCGCAAGUAGACUCCUAUAGGGAAGUGGCCAUAAGGCAGAAGCAGGAGCUUUCGGAGCUUCGAGAACAGGUCGACAAGGAACAGAAGCGUUCUUUUGAGGCCCACGAGGAGCUGGAUGCUGCUAACGCGCGUGCUAUACGUCUGCGGGACCGUCUGGAGGACCUCAAAGAGACCGUCCAUCGCUAUCGGGCACGGGCUCAUGUCGCUGAGGAGCUCAUUCGUAAAUAUCCCGAGGAUGAGGGGCUGUAUGAGGUGGAUCUACCCUCGCUCUCCUCCUUGCAGAAUCAGUUGACGGCUUCCGAAGCGAUGGUGCGUCGUCUGGCCACUUUUGCACAUCGGUUGUAUUCUGCAGACCCCGCUAACCUCCUUCACCAUCACAACACGUAUGUGGAGGGUCUCAUCGAGGCGAUCAUCGCACUCCUGUCGCGCAGUCUCCUCCAUCCUCCGGAACGGAUGAGAACUGUUGUCGAAUUGGCUCUGGAGUAUCUGUCUCAAGGCCGGCUUACCCACGGCGAGCUACACCUCCGUUCGACCAGUAGUUUGUUGUAUUACUACUCCAAUGCUGCUGAUCGUGUCGAUGGGUUGUACCAGGACAUGUUUACCCACUCUCGUUUCUCCACUGAUGCAGCGUUCCUAACUGCUGCCCAACACGCGGGUUACGUCGAAGCUCGUCCUGAUUCCCUGGAACCACCCUUACAUCGCCAGCUCUUUUCUUUUGAUCAUCCCAUCCCCCUUCCACAAAGUCCCAUUUCUGAUCACAUCCCCGCUGUUCCUAUGAUGGACUCCGUAAUGUUGAUGUGGGAGGAUAUGAUUCGUACCUAUAUGCGUGAGGUUUUAGGUUACCCUGUCUCCCCAGAUCGCGCUCCUUCCCCGGUGAACGUUCCUGGUUCCAAUGAUCCCUUGCCGACAGCUUCCCCCUUGGUUGCACCUGACGCUCCUCCCGUGCUAGACGCGAGUGACUCCGUGUCGCAGGACGCUCCCUUGUUCCUACCGGAAUCCCUGUCUCCCACCUCCCCUUGUUCUCCUUCUCCCAUUCCUUCUUCCUCUCGUGUUCCUCACGUCCCCCGCGAGAUUGUCGACUUAACCAUGGAUGACGCCGAGGAUUUGUACGAGUCGCAGGAGGAGUUCCUUGCGAGGACCGGUGGGGCAGUGACAGUUAAGCAGGAGAAUACCGAGUCUGAAGUAGUGUAG